AUGGCGGAUUCUACGGCGGACUCAACGGCAGCAAACGCCGAUGCUCUGAAGCGGGAGUAUGAGAAGCUACAGGCGGAGAUUGUGUCUAACGGAGGAGGAAGCAAAGAUCGCGGUGAGACUGAUGACGGAAGUUCUGGAGUCUUGAAAGCAAUUGAUGAGGCGAAUAGGAUCACGAAUUGUCCGAGGAACGUAGAAUCGAAGAAGCCGGAGACUGAUAUCCCUUCUUCGUCUUCUCCGUCGCCGAUGGUGAAUGUGCCGAAAGAGUUUAAAUGUCCACUCUCUAAGAAGAUCAUGAUCGAGCCCGUAAUCGUAGCUUCUGGGCAGACGUAUGAGAAGAGAUACAUCACAGAGUGGCUGAAGCAUGAACGUACAUGUCCCAAAACCAAGGAAGUCCUCUCGCACUCACUGCUAAUACCGAACCAUUUGGUCGAUGACUUGAUUACGAAAUGGUGUUUAGCCAACAAAUUUGAGCGGCCAAAAUCAUCUGGAGCAAUGGUCACUGAGCUGUUCACUGAUGGAGUAGACUCGCUGCUUCAGAGGAUCUCCUCUCCCUCGUCUGUUGAAGAUCAAACACAAGCUGCAGGAGAGCUUCGUAGCCAGACCAAGAAAUUCGCCAGUGUUCGAGCAUUCUUUGUCGCUGAAGUCCCUGAUUCCAUCACUCGUUUGCUCACUCCGAUCUCUGCUAUGGACGAUGCGGUUCACUCGAAUCCCGAGCUUCAAGAGUAUCUCGUGACGACAUUGUUCAACAUCUCGAUCGUUGAGAAGAAUAAGAAAGUAAUCGCUGAAAACCCUCUUGUGAUCCCACUGCUUACAAAGACUCUGAAGCAGGGGACAGCUGAGACAAGGAGAAACUCUGCAGCGACUUUAAUGUCACUUUCGGUCAUUGAUUCCAACAAGAUCAUCAUGGGGAACGCUGAAGUACUCAAGGCUCUGAUAGAUCUUAUUGAAGAAGGUGAUGUAGUAGCCACGUUUGAAGCAGCUUCAGUGGUCUUUAAGCUCUGCACUGUAUUGGAGAACAGAGAAAAGGCGAUUUCAGCGGGUGUGACUCAGGUGCUAAUCAACAAGAUCAAAGGAGGAAGCAAUUGGGCUGUGUUGUUAGCUGUAUUGGCAUUGGUUUCUACACACAACCGUGCGAUUCAAGUAAUGGAUGAUCUAGGGUUUAUCCAUGAUCUGUUCAGCAUCUUGAGGAAACCUAGCUGCUCGGUGACUGGUGAGAACGCUGUGGUGAUCGUGUUUAACAUGUGGGACAAGAACAGACACAGUUCUGGACUGAAAGUGAUUAGAGAAGAGGAAUAUCAAUACGGGACGUUUACGAAGCUUGCGAAGCAAGGAACAGAUCGUGCAGUGAGGAAAGCGGAAGCGAUUUUACAGUGGCUUAAGAGAUACGGUACCAGGUAA